CCGGCGUCCGGGAGUGGGAGGCGCGAGCGGCGGUUGGACGGGAGCUGCGCGCAUCUCUCCGGCUACGUCGCUAAGGAAAACAGGCCUCCUCUUGACGUGGUUCUGACUGUUCCCGACAGGAGCGGCCUAGAAGGGGUCGAGGGGAUCCUUCUCCCCUAAACCCGCAGCCUUGCCACUGCUGACAGUGCCCGGGAAGCCCGCAGACUGGAGUCUGAAGCGCCGUAGGCAAUGGAGGCGCCCCAGGUGAUGGCGGAGGCCGGCGAGGGAAGCGCGGGGACCGUCGCGUUCCCGUUGGCACAGCUUCCAAAUUUGGUGGUCCUACCCCGGGACUCCGCCGCCUGUGGGCAUCCCCCCCAGGUCAGAGUCGCUGCGGCCCCCAGCGAGGCGGCGAUGGGAGACCCGCAGGAGGGGGCCCCGCCUCCCGCCGAAGGCCCCUUCGUCGCCGCCGCCGCGUCAGUGGCCCUGGACAGCAGCCUGGAAAACAAUGUUCAAGAUGGAGAGAAGGCUCUGCAAACCGGUGAGCAGAUAGGUCCGGGGCUGAUGGAGGCGAAGGCCGAGGAAGUGAAGCCUGACGAGUGCGCCAUAGCAGUGGAGGCAGAGGAGAGGCCCGCCGAGGCGGAGGAGGGGGUGCCGGAGGCCGCAGAAAUGGAGGCCGGGCCGGGAGGUGAAGUUAUGGAAGUGGUGGAGGAGGAGAGAAAGCAGGAGGCGGGACACUGGUACCUGAACGUCGACCUCCGUAUGAAUCCUCUGGAGGCCAUCCAGCUGGAACUAGACACCGUGAACGCUCAGGCCGAUCGGGCCUUCCAACAGCUGGAGCAGAAGUUUGGGCGGAUGCGGCGACACUAUCUGGAGCGGAGGAACUACAUCAUUCAGAAUAUCCCCGGCUUCUGGAUGACCGCCUUUCGGAACCACCCUCAGCUGACCUCCAUGAUCCGAGGCCAAGAUGCAGAGAUGUUAAGGUACAUCACCAAUCUGGAGGUGAAGGAACUAAGACACCCUAGAACUGGCUGCAAGUUCAAGUUCUUCUUUCGAAGAAACCCCUUCUUCAGAAACAAGCUGAUCGUCAAGGAGUAUGAGGUCAGAUCCUCUGGCCGCGUGGUGUCUCUUUCCACCCCCAUCAUCUGGCGCAGAGGGUAUGAACCCCAGUCCUUCAUUCGUAGAAACCAAGAUCUCGUCUGCAGCUUCUUCACCUGGUUUUCAGACCACAGCCUUCCAGAGUCUGACAAAAUUGCUGAGAUUAUCAAAGAGGACCUGUGGCCGAACCCACUGCAGUACUACCUGUUACGGGAAGGAAUUCGCAGACCCCGACGUCGUCCAAUCAGGGAGCCAGUGGAGAUUCCCCGACCCUUCGGGUUCCAGUCCGGUUAACAUUUGCCUUUGGGGAUCUGCUACUCAAGGCUCCGUCCUACUUACUGCUGUGCAAUGGGUAUGCUGCUUUAUUCUUUUUAUUUUUUGGUCCCUUGACCUUUUCUGCAUCUUCCCUGGAGUUCUCUCAAUUUCAAGACUGAAACUUGUGGUCAUGCUUCUCUACUUCAUGGCCUUCUUGCUAUUCUGCACGAGUGCUACUUGCUGCAUAACCAUGAUUCACACCCACUUCUAAUAGAAGCAAACGAUGCUAUAGAUUGCACUGCCUUUGCAUUGCCACACCCUGGUUUUCCCAGGGCCUCUGGAUUUAGUUACUGUCACCUGGAUUUCUAGCUUUGUCUAGGAGCCCAUUCUUUCUACUCAUCCUGCUGUUUCUGCAGUACAGGCAGAGCCUGUGGACAAUAGGUAUUAAGGGAGAACAACAGAGCCACUUUUUCAGUGUAAUUUAUGCUACCCUAUUUUUUUUUUCCCCUACACUGGUUACCUACGAAAAAAAUGUUGCCUGCUGUGAGCUACCCAACCCCUCUUGGACUGUUGCCAAGUCCCUGCCCACAUUCCCUCCCUCAAGGUACUUAAGAAACAUCAGUGAACUUAGACAGCUUAGUUUAUUUUGAUCCUGGUCAUUUCCAGAGAUAAGAGAGUUUGCCACUGUUUGAAAUGUGAUUGCCUUGUCUCUUCCCAACUCCCUAGUCGUAACAAGUCCUAAAGAACUAAAGGGAGAUAGAUCUAGAUAGAAAGAAGUGGAUGGAAUAAUAAUAACAAUAAUGAGUGGAAGACUAAAGAGAUUGUAAUGGGUUCCCUAAGCAUGGGGAACAGAAAUGGCUAGAGAAAGAAAAGAGCCAGGUAAAACUUGAGCUGGCUGAGAAUGAAAACUGGGCUGAGGAAUCAGUCUUUAAAGUAUUAUUCUGUUCAUGGUGAUAGGAGGAGAAAUAUUUUCUUAGAACUGUACCAGAAAAACUGCAGGGAAUUGGGAUGCUAAAUGUGUUGCCUAGAGAUUCUUUAACAAAACAGCCAAUUGGUUACAUUUUCACUUUUUAUAUGUGACCCCAUGUGUGUGGCAGAUUCAUAUUGUGCCCUUAUUUUACCAGUGUCUAGUAUUUUGUUUCUGCUUACUGGAAAAACUUAGCUUAACAGGCUUUCUUUUGCUUUUAUUUGGCAACAGUUGGAGAAUAAGUCUUGGACAAUAGUGAGUCAUAAGUGGGUAUUUAUAACAGUUUUCAACUUGCUGUUGUUCCUUUUAAACUGUAUUCUUAGAAAUAUAGUUUGGAUACAUUGGUAUUUAUCAGACCUGUAAAAUUUUGGAAAAAUAAUCUAAAAAGUUGUGACGAUUAUUUUCAUAAUUUCCUCUGGUAACAAAUUAGUAAUUGAUGUAUAUCUUCCUAAAUUGUAUAAAUGCUUGUAAGAUUAUUCUGUCAAUGUCAAGUGUACUAUUGGCACAUUUUUGUCCCCCUUUAUAUGUGUGAUGGUAAAAUAAAAGCAUGCCUCUGCUAGA